AUGAAGUAUUUGGCGGUAGGAUUGUUGUGCGCGGUUUGCUUGAGUGCCGUUCAAGCGGUUCCGGUUUUAUCACAGCAGAGGCAGCCCAUCGUUGAAACUUUGAAUCCGGUGGUACGGACCUCGGAACCGGAAGUGGUCCGUGCUAAGCGUCUUAUCGGACUUGGCGGAAUCGGAGUUGGUGUCGGUUUGAUUGGAGGAGGAAUUGGAUAUGGUGGCGGCUAUGGAGGCGGCUAUGGAGGAGGAUUUGGAUACGGUGGCGGCUAUGGAGGAGGUUACGGUGGGCCGAUAGGACCAUAUGGCCCACCGGCCCCACCACCACCACCGCCACCAUUUGGUGGACCUUACGGAGGAUACGGAUACGGACCGUACGGAGGAGGAUAUGCGCCUUAUGGUGGUGGAUAUGCAGGAGGAUACGAGUAUGGAUAUGGAUACGGUUCGGGAUAUGGAUUUUACGGUUGA